AUGGCCUGUCUUCGAAAACUCAAAGAGGAUAUUGUCAUCCUCGAACGGCUCUUUCCCAAGCAGCACUCGCGGUUCCAGGUUUGUCCUUUUUUCUGAUUUGCUGUUGAUUUUGUGUGUUUUUUAUUGAUUUGUCGGAGUUUAUUUCAUCUUAAACAGUACAUUUCGAGUUCCAAAAUAAGAUUUUGCAUGUUUGAAACAAGUUCCAAUCGAUUUUUCGACGAAAUUUUGAUUUUUUACUCGAGUUUCCUGUGUUUAAUAAAAUAAAUUAAUAUCGUGGAGUUUAUUUCAUGAAAAAAACAGUGCAUUUCGAGCUUCUAAACAAGGUUUUUAGUGUUUGAAACAAGUUCCAAUCGAUUUUUCGACAAGAUUUCGAUCUUUUACUCGAAUUUUCCGUUUUCAUUAAAAUAAAUUGAUAUCGUUUCGAAUUUUUUUGUGUUUCACGAGUUUCAAUCGAAAUUUGUCGGAGUAAUUUUUGGUCUUUUACUCGAUUUUUAUUGUAUUUCGAAUCAAUUUAGCUUUUUGUCUUUUUUUAAUUAAGAAAAAAAGGAUAUCAUGAAGUUUAUUUCAUGAAAAAAAACAGUACAUUGCAAUAUUCCAUAUACAGAUUUAGGCUCACAAAACGAUUUUCAAUCAAUUUUUCAACGAAUUUUUGAUUUUACUCUCAAUUUUUCCGCGUUUGAUAGAAAAAAUCGAUAUCUUGAAGGAAAAACAGUACAUUUCGAGCUUGAAACUACCAUUUUGAAUAGUGGAAUCGAGUUUCAAUUUUUUUCGCCAAAAUUUUGAUCUUUUUGCUCGAUUUUUUUCUGUAUUUUUGAAUCAAUAUUGAUUUCGUCUGUUUUUUUCAUUUUUUUAAUAAAUUGAGAUUUUCAAAUAUGUUAAGUGAGAAAAAAAUAAAUUAAAUUCUUCCAAAUACACAUUUUAGCUUUCCAAGACGAUUUUUCAAUCGUUUUUUUCGAUGAAAUUUUGAUGUUUAACUCGAAUUUACCCAAUGUUAAGUUGCUAAACAUGAUUUUUAAACUGUAGCUUGUUAAAAUUUGAAAUUCAAAGUUCUAUUUUUUUCUGUAAUUCAAGCCAGAUUCAUGACUAAUUGAGUUUCGCAUCGAUUUUUCAACAAUUUUUUUAUAUAUCUUUUGUGAAAAUUUGUUAUUUUUUUGGUGUAAUAUAGUUUCAAAACUUCGAAAAUCGAUUAUUCAAAGUUGAUUUAAAUUCCUAUUUUCAAUUAGAGUUGAAAAUUGAUGGUUAAUUCGAUCAAAAUUUCAGAUAUAAGCGCCGCUAUUUUUUUAUAUUUUUUUCGAUUUUAAAGUAACGCACUUUUUUAAGGGUUUGUAGAAUUUUUGUGGCGUUUUUAUCGAAGGAAAAGGUUUCAAAACCCGGAAAACUAGCUAUAAUUCGGAAAUGUACUGUUUCGGAGCAACUAGGGGGCUGAAGAACAUAUUUUUUUCCUUUUUAAAGUUUUUUCAACGUUCCAAUGAGAACUUUAGGGUUUUUUAAAUCGAUUUACUGGUAAAAUUUUUAGUGGCCUCUGUAGAGGCUCGCCAAGGACUACAGAGGACACUAAAGUGGCCACUAAACUAACCCCUAUAGUGACCACUAUUCUCCGUUUUAGUGGCCACUAUAGAAGUUCACUAUUUAGUGGCCACUUUAGUACUUUUUCAUCCAGUAUUCCUUCCAGUAACUCUGAUAAUAUUCAAAAACAAACGUGUUGAACCAGUUAUGUUGAUCCAUUGACCCCUAAAGCGGCCACUAAGUGGUCUAGUAGUCGCACUUAGACCUCUGUAGUGGCCACUGAUUUUCAACCUCUUGAGUGGCUACUAAUUUUACUACUAUAGUGACCACCAAAACGUCGAAACCUUAUAGUGGCCACUCACAGUAUAGAACUAAAAAGGCUCAGAAAAAGAUCAAAAAAGGCUUGAAAACAACCCGUUUCGGUUACAGAUCCUGAGUGCGACGGUCGACGAGAUAACGAUGCGAUUCAUCGAUUCCAACAACCGGUCCGUCGUUAUUAACGCCAAUAUUCAGGUAAUCCAAUUAUAUCACCUCCAUUUCUUGUUCUUUUUUCCCGUUUUUUAAAACAUUUUUUCAGUUUUUUUGGAUUUUUAAAUUUUUUCUUUAAAGUUGAUAGCUAUAACUGAUCGUUUUUUAUAGAUUUUAUGCUGUUUUCAAGGAUUUUCAAUAGAAAAAUGAUGUUUUUGCAGUUUUCUCAGAGAUUUUCAGUAGUUUUGUAAUGGGUCAAGGCGUAAGAAGGGCCCUUAAGUGGCCACUUUGCUCAGUUUUUCGAAAAAUGUACCAAGGAACGUAGUAGUACUAGGAAAUAACAGGAAUUUUCAAAAAAUUAGGAGAAAAUAUCGAUUUUUUCGGAAGAAAUCGAGCUUUUUCGAAAGUCUCAAGGAUUAGGAAGGGGCUUUAAGUGGCCACUUUUCUUAACUUAUACAAAAAACUAUCCAAAGGACGUGGUAGUACUAGGAAAUAACAGGAGUUAUUAAACAAAAAAAUAGAAAAAUAUCGAUGAAAGAAAUUGAGCUUUUUUUCGGAAGUUUUUCAGCAGUUUUUGUAGAAUGGGAAGAUCACUUAAAUGAGUAUAUCUAGCGUAUGAAGGGCCCUUAAGUGGCCACUUUCUAGAUUUUACUUGAAGAUGAAUAAAUCCGUGAUUCGACGUACGUAUUGGUGAUCAAAAAUCAAAAAAAUUAGAUUUUUCGAGAAAAAAUGUCCCCGCCAGCAAUAUAUCAACUUUUUCAGCUAUUUUUGUGGAGUUUCGAGGCUUAUGAAGGGUCCAUAAGUGGCCACUUACUGAAUUUCUACGAAAAGUAUCCAAGAAACGCGGCUGUAGUAGCAGAAAAUAACGGAAAUUUUCAAAGAAAAACGAGAAAAAAUCGAUUUUUUCGGAAGGAAGAAAUUUUUAUUUUCCGGGAUGUUGAUCGCAAUUUUCAGCAUUUUUUUUUCUGUUUUAAGGCUUACGAAAGGCUCUUAAGUGCUCAUUUCUUUCAAUUUUUCUUUUAGAUUGACAAAAUAGUAUUUUUAGGAAUGUUGUAAUGGUAGGAAAUUACUAAAAAGUACAGAACUAUUUCGUUUUUCAAUGAAAAAUCAGGUUUUUUGAAAAUAUCUUCUUUUUCGGGAAAACUGUCCCGGCUAGCAAAAAAAUUAAAGUUUUUCAGUAAUUUUGUAAGAACAUCUCUACAGAAUUUUUGCAAUAGGCAGUGCACUUUGCACGAUUUCAGUUGAGAUCUAGCACGUGAAGAGCCCUUAAGUGGCCACUUACUAGAUUUUUUUGAAGAUGAAUAAAUCCGUGAUUCGGAUUUUUCGAGGAAAAAUGUCCCCGCCAGCAAUAUUUCAACUUUUUCAGCUAUUUUUGUGGAGUCUCGAGGCUUAUGAAGGGCCCUUAAGUGGCCACUUACUGAAUUUAUACGAAAAGUAUCUAAGAAACACGUCGAUAGUAGCAGAAAAUAAGGGAAAAUUUCAAAGAAAAACAGGAAAAAAUCGAUUUUUUCGAAAAAGAUCAAGUUUUCUCAGAAAAAAAUAUUCCCGCCAGUUAUGAUUGAAGUUUUUAUUAGUAUAGUGAAUUUGCAGACAAUUUGCAGACUGCAGACCAAUUUGCAGACUGCAGACCAAUUUGCAGAAUUUGCAGAAAGAUUGCCCUAAAAUGGCCACUUACUCAAUUUUGGUAGAUUGUAGUAGUAUCAAAUAACUGCGAUUUCCAUACAAAAAACGAGAAAUUAUCGAUUUUUAAAUUUUUCCAGGAAAACUAUCCCCGUCAGCCGCCGAUCUGGUUCUCCGAAUCGGACGACGUUCCGGCCAUCGGAUCGGCUCUUCAGCGACUUACGGAGACCAACGAAUCGACUAAUAUUUUGCACCAGGUUUGGAAGAGAAUCAAUAUUUGACCUUUUUUGUGCCUUUGCAAUGAAAAUUGGGAUUUUUUCAUGGUUAUUCGAGUCCAAAGAGAGCUUAACUCAGUUACCGGAAUCAGAAUACGUUCAAAGGUAAAGAAAAACGGUUUUUAAAUAUUACGAUUCGUUCCUGAAACGUGUGGAAUGAAGAUGUGAGGUUUUUUUUUCUAAACGCGCCCGACCAAAAACGGCUUCAGUAAAAAAAGGCAUCGCAAUCUUUUUUAGAUGGUUCUAAGACUCGAGCCAUUCCAAAUGCGACCACGGUUUUCAAUUUCAUGAAAAGCGGUGUAUAAAUGAUUCCGAAAUUGGAAAAAAACCAUCUAUAAAUUGAAGAUUUAAAGUUCAAAAUGCGUUUUUGCGAAAUUGAAGUUUUUAUGACAAGGAAGAUCAUUUUAUUUUUUGAAAAUCGGCUAGAAUAUUUAGUGAUAUACUUGGUUCAGGUCCUGAAAAUCUUAAUUCACUAAACAUAUUCGUUUUUCAAAAACUAAAGGCUCAGAGACCGCAAAUGGUCGAUUUUUAGUUCCUAAAACGUACGGAAUAUGGCUUGAAGCUUUGAGGUUUUUUUUUCGAAGCCCACCCGAUUAAAAACGACUUUCGUAAAAAAGCAUAGUAAACUAUUGGAGAAGGCUCGAGCCAUUUUAAAUGCGACCAAGGUUUUCUAUUUCAUUGAGAACGUUGUAUCAAUGAUACUAGUGGGGAAAAGCCGGAGUUCGAAAGGCAGUUUUUGAAAACUGGUUCGGAAAAAUGAAGUUUUCUGAAAGAGGAAAAUGAACCUUUCAUUGUCAGACUGGGAAAAUGCUUAGUUGCCCCUUCAAGGUUUUGACGUUUUAGUGGCCACUAUAGUAGUCAAAUUAGUGGUCGCUUAAGUGGUUAAAAAUAUUGGCCAUUAUGAAGGUCUAAGUGCUACUACUAUACCACUAAAAAUUUUAGUGGCCACUUUAGGGGUCAACGGAUCAAAAAAACUGGUCCAAUCUGUUUGUUUUAAAAUUAUCAGAGUUACUGGAAGGAAUACUGGAUGAAAAACUACUGAAGUGGCCACUAAAACGGAAAAUAAUGGCCACUAUAGAGGUGGGUUUAGUGGCUACUUUAGUGUCAUCUCUAAAUAGUCCUUGGCGAGCCUUUAUAGUGGCCACUAAAAGUUUUCCCAGGAGUAUGAGUUUGAAUGAAUCUGGAGAUUAUAAGGUCUUUUCCAGGUCCAUCGUCUGCUCUCGGAACUCUGCACCCACUAUUCGCUCUCCUCGCCGGCCGAACUCUCUCUGAUCGCGCCGCCGCCUCGCGACGACGAGAACGUCGACGAGGGACAAGGCAGCGACAUGGGCGACGAGACGGAAGACGACGAGGUUCCUCCCCUCUUUCUCUGCGGCCUCUCAAUAUGUCAUGAUCUUUAGGUGAUGGAUGACGAGGAAGACGAAGCUGUUGGCGGCGGAGACGGCCUUUCGGAGGGCGAUGAGGAGGAGGAUAUCGAGGUAGGAUUUGUCUCUUUUUAACGCCGGUGUCUAAGUCAUCUCAUAUAUCUCAAUAUUGACGCGUUUUUUGUUUGAAAAUGAUUCUCGAAAUAGGAACUCCGAGAGCCUUUAAAACAAAAAUGGGACAUAUAGCAAUAUGUGAAUUUUUACGGACUAUAAAUUUUUGAAAUUACUUUGGCAUUUGAUUUUAGAAGAUUUAGCUGCUUUUCAAGCCAAGUAGAGCGCGAAAGAACAUUGUUACUAGUUUUAUUUUGCAAUAUAUGUUUCAAAACUAAUUUUUUAGAUCUCGAUUACUUGAUUUGACGUUUAUUCAGACCUGUAACGUAGAAAAAUUGAGCUGGGUUUAAGCGUUUCAAACGUUCGUUUCAAGACAAAUAAAUUCUCCGCCCCCCGCUGGAUUUCAAGCAAAAUAAACCUUCAGAGCACAAGGCUGCAAAAUAUUUGACGAGUUUUUUUCCGGAAUAUAAAUUUAUAGCUCGUUUAAAUGACGGAAAAGUUUUUUAUAGUAGUUUUUCGCAACACCAAUAACAGAAAAUUGAGCUGGUUUCAUUUUUGAUCCGUUUUUUCAAACCCCCAGCAGAGCUACAGAGGAUUUUUACAAGUUUCCCUUCCGGAAUGUCAAUUUUCAGCUCGUCGAGAUGGCUGACGAGGAACCUCGUGCCAGUCAGGACGAGGGGGUUUCUGCGGAAGGACUCGAAGUCCUCGACAAGGUCUGCCGCGUCAACCGCCAGCAGCACUUGAGCGGAAAGGUGAUCAGCAAAAUUGCAAAUUUUUGGGGAAAAUGACGCUUUUGAGCUUUUUUUCAAAUAAUUUCAUAUCCAUAGUUUAAUGUGAACCCUAAAGAGUUCACUUAUGUUAAAAAAAUUAUAAGAAGAGAAAUAAAGAAAAAAAUAGUUUUUUUCAAAAAUCUAACUUGGAAUUAGCUCUUUUUUUCAGCUUUUUCAAUCAGUCAAUGUUAACCAAAAAAAUCAUAAAAUCAAAAAUUAAAGUUUUUGUGUGUGUAAUCGACUCUAGGGACGAUUUUUCGGGAAGAACAGCAGUUUUUUCAAAAGAAAAAGGCAAGUUCUAUCAAUUUUUCAAAAAAUUUCAAGAUCACACUAGACGGGCAGUUGCUAGCAAUGCAUUAAGUUAACAUAUAAAGUUUCAUUUUUUGAAAAUUCGUACAAUUUGUUUGAGAUUUUUUAGCUAGUUUGAGUGUUCAAGUAAAUUUUUUUAUAACAGGGCAAACUUAAAUUCAGGAAAAAUUGAGUAGAUAUUUAGUUUUGAAACAAUUUCAGGAUCAAAAAAACGCUUGUUUUUUUGAUCAACGACAGUUUCGCGAACCGUGGUCUUAAAUACUGGGUUUCCUUAGAAUUGCCAAAAAAAUGAAAGUUAGGUCCUUUAAAAAGUCCUUAAUCAAAUUAAGUUAACAUUGAAAAAUUUAAAUUUUUUUAGAAUUCGUACAACUUUUUUUCGAGAUUUUUCAAUUUUUAUUUUUCGUUAGUUUGAGUUUUUCAUGUAGCUUUGAAUGAACUGGGAGAUUGUAAAUUCAUAAAAAAAUAGAGAAAAGAUUAAGUUUUUAAAAGAUUUUUGGGGCCAAAAAAACACUAGUUUUUUUGAAGCUGGGUUUCCUUAGAAUCGCCACGGACUGAAAUUGAGGUCCUUCAAAAAAGUCCUCAAAGUUAACAUCUUCAAUUUCAAUUUUGCAGGUGCAAGGAUCAGUCACGGCGACUGACCGUCUCAUGAAGGAAAUUCGGGACAUUUAUCGCAGUGAACACGUCAAAAAUGGUCAUUAUUCCCCUUCAAAUCCAAUUUCUAACCUUGCGUUUCCAGGAAUUUUCUCCUUUGAACUCGGAGAGGACGACAAUCUGUACGAGUGGUGGGUCAAGCUGUACAAGGUGGGUUUUUGAAAGAAAGUUUUAAGGAAACUGAGUUGAAAAAGUAGGGAUUUCAGUACAAAGAUAUCCUAAAAACUCGAAAAAUCCCAGUUUUUGGCUUGAAAUAGGAUUCUAGAGGUCCUUUUUAAGGGAGUUUACUGUUUCAGAAAAAAUUUUUUAAUCCUUUUUCUUGAUAAUAAUAGAUCUGAGUGGGAUUUAAAGGGUCCUUUUUUUAAUAGAACUUACUGUUUCAGUAAAAAUAGCUUUUAAAAAUCCAUUUCUUCCACUGACGAACUUUCCUUUGGAUUCAUUAAAUCAUUUUUUUAUUGGAGUUUACUGUUUCAGUAAAAAAAUUGAAAAAUAAAUCCCUUUUUCUUUUUUUGAGUAGAGGGUUUUUUUCAUUUGGAUUCUUAAUGUCAUUUUUUUAUUGGAAUUUACUGUUCCAGUGGAAAUUUGAAAAAUAAAUCCCUUUUUUUCUUGUUACUAAUAGAUCUGAGUGGGUUUUAAGAGGACCUUUUUAAGAAAGUUUACUGUUUCAGCCCAAAAAAACUGAAAGUAAAACUUUUUUUAAGCAGAGUAUUUUUUUAUUUGGAUUCAUAAUGUCCUUUCUAAUAGAGUUUACUGUUUCAAUUUUUUAAAAAAAUUUGAAAAUUAAUCUUUUUUUGACGCCUUAUAUCUUUCACUUGAAAUUGAAAGGCCACUUUUUAACAGAGUUUACUGUUUCAGUUGAAAAAAUUCCAUUUUGCUUGAAACUGUUAAAAUAUCCAUUCUAAUGGAGUUUACCGUUUCAGGUGGACCCGGAUAGUCAGCUCUUCAACGACAUGAAGACCCUGAAGGACGAACACAAGCAGGACCACAUCCUCUUCCAUUUCACCUUCAACGAGAAUUUCCCCUGUGAUCCGCCGUUUGUCCGCUUGGUCGCUCCGACGGUGAGUUUUGGGAGAAAUUCCGGGUAAAAAGGUAUUUUUGUCACGAUUUUUAGGUGAUUCUUGUUUGAAAUUGAAGGGGAAUAGAGAGAAAAGGGUAAAAUGAGAGGAAAAAGUUUGGGAUUUUUUUCAAACUUUAGAAAUGAAAAAAAUGAUGAUGGAAAGGAUUUUUUUCGCUUUUUUUUAAAAAAUUUGAAUGAAUUUACGAAGAUAGUAUUCUUCAGAAAUUUGACCUUGAAAUAAAGAUUUAAAAUCAACUUACUAAGUACAGGAAUAGAUAACUUUUGCAGUUUAAAACUCAGGUUCAAAAAAAAAAUUCUUUCAAGAACUAAUUUUCGAUGAAAAAUUGAGCAGAAAUAUAUAUUUUUUUGAACUUUUUCUCAAUUUUUCGAAUUUCAAGUCGUUCAUAACUUGAAAAAUUCCUUUCGAUUCUGGAUCAGAAAGUGAGAAAAAAACAAAUCCCUAAUUUUUUUGUUAACUACUGAUUGAAAGUUUAAUAAAAAGGGGUCUAUAAUUAUGACGCGCAGUGUAUAAUUUGAUGUGUUGCAUCUUCUGAUUUUAGAGUUUUAAUUUCUUGAUGUUUUUCACAACCGGAGAACAUCGAGUAGAAAGAUAUUAAUGAAGUUAGCGAAACGUAGGAUUUCAUGGAUACUUUUUUUCAUUCUUUAUUGAUCGGAAGAAAUAACCGAAAUGCCUUUCGAAAAAAAGAAAAAAAACACGUUUAAGGAUUUAAAAAGACUCUAGAAAGAUACAGUUCUCGUUGCUUUUGAAUGAUCUUUCAACUCUAGAGUUUUUAAUUUUGUGAAAAUGAUUCUCAAAAUGAAAAAAAAUUGAAAAAACUAGCCGAAACAGCGCUUUUUGUCAUAAUUUACGUAUUUUGCUUACUUUGCCUCCUUUUUAGGCCUUUUUAAAGUCGUUUGGACUUUGCCUAUGUAUUUGUUUUUCACAGGUGAUUAAGGGGUUUUUGUUGAUUUUGGGCCAGAAAGUUGAUCGAGAGGAUUUUCAUAACUUCUAUUUGAAAAAAAUAUAGAUUUUUAGCUCUUUUUCGAUGAAAAAAAAAAUGAAAAAAGCAAGUAUUUGUGUUCCACAGGUGGUGAACGGAUUCGUGUUGGGCGGCGGGGCGAUCUGCAUGGAACUGCUGACGAAACAGGGCUGGACGUCGGCUUAUUCCAUCGAGAGCCUCAUAUUGCAAAUUGCCGCCACGCUCGUUAAGGGAAAGGCCCGCAUCCAGUUCGAUGUCAAGGUUCCCUUUUUUCUUGAGACGAGUUUAAGCUUUUAAAUCAAGGGAAAAAGGGUGUAGCAAUUGAAGAGAUGGUAGAGGUUCCGAAAAAAAGAAAAAAAUGAAGUUUUUUUAUACUUUUUUUCGAAGUUUCUUGUGCCUCACCUCAGGUGUUUUCAAUUUUAGGCCAUUUUGAUGUCAUUUUUCUUAAAAAGAGAAAGAAAAAAACGAAUUUUUAAGCUUUGAAAACAAGGGAAAAAUGGGUGUAGCGUUUUUGAAGAGGUGGGAGAGAUUCUGAAAUUGAGGGAGGAAAAAAAUGAAGUUUUUUUAUACUUUUUUUCGAAUUUUUCUUGUGCCUUACUUUACGUGUUUCAAUUUCAGGCCAUUUUGAUGUCAUUCCCCCUCCCCUUAUUUUUCUUAGAAACAGGGAGAAAAAAACGAGUUUGAGCUUCUGAAAACAACGGGAAAGGGGUGUAGCAAUUGAAGAGAUGGGAGAGGUUCUGGAAUUGAGGGAGGAAAAAAAUGAAGUUUUUUUAUACUUUUUUUCGAAGUUUCUUGUGCCUAACUUCACGUGUUCCAAUUUCAGGCCAUUUUUAUGUCUUUUUUUAUAUCUUUUUCCGAAAGUUUCUGUAGGCGUCUCAUGGUUUCUUCUUUUUUUCCCUUGAUUUAGAAGAAAAUUUUUGAAGCUUCAAAAAAAUUUAUUUUAGCGGACAAAGCUUGUAGAGCGUUAGAACAUUUCUGGGAUGAAAAAUGAAGAUUUUACAAUUUUUUUCAAAGUUCCUCGCCUAACUUCAUCCGUUGAUUGUGCCAAUUUGAUGGCAAGGUUCCCCUCAUCUUGUCUUUUUUUGAGAAAUAUUGUGUUGGAGCUUUUAAAAAAAAGAUUUCUAGCUUCAGAGAUAGCUUUAAGAGUCAAAAGAUACGUAGAAAGUUGGAAAAGGUUCAAAAAUGGUAGGAAAAAUUAAAUUUUCAUACUUUUUUCGGCAUUUUUCGUGGAGUAUUCUUGUCAUAGCCAAGUUUCACCUUAUUUUUUUCCAAAUAACGCUUCAAAAAAUUGAGAAUUUUCGCACCUUUUGGCUCCAUUUUCAUAGCUUUUCCAUCAAAAACUCAUCAAGAAGCCAAAAAUCUCGAAAAAAGUUAUCUUAUCUCGGAUUUUUCAGCCCGGAGCGAGCUACUCGCUGGCCAAGGCCCAGCAGUCGUUCAAAUCGCUCGUCCAGAUCCACUCCAAGUCGGGCUGGUACACUCCUCCGAAAGCCGACGGCUAA